AGAUAAGGAAAGGAGACCAGAGGAGGAAGCAAAGAACUUUGACAAACGAAAUACCAAAAUAAAAUUGCAGGAAAAAAGCGUUCUGUGCCUUUAAGAUUGCGACCUGCCGUAAAUGUUUACGAUAAUGUAGGAAAUCAAUAACACGUGUAAAAAAAUAUUUUAUGAAGCUAGCGACACGAAGAUGGGGAUUUUUGUAUCAAUUUAUUCAUGAUACCAGUAUUUAUUCAAACUAAUAAUAUGGUGAUCCUUGCAGUUGAAGAUACAUUGUCCGAAUUUAAAUGAUUUUAGUAGUUUAAAGGAUUGAAAGGAAAGAAUCAUGUUCGUGGCAGUGGAGAUGGUUGACACUGUCAGAAUCCCCACAUGGAAUUUCCAACGGCAGUUCAAUGAAGCCAUAGCCGAAGAACUCAACAAGAAAUUGGCCAAUAAGGUGGUUUACCAAGUUGGCCUCUGUAUCUGUUUGUAUGACAUCACAAAACUGGAGGAUUCCUACAUAUUCCCAGGUGAUGGAGCUUCCCACACCAAAGUCCACUUCAGGUAUGUUGUGUUCCACCCUUUUUUGGAUGAGAUUCUUGUUGGAAAGAUCAAAUACUGCAGUCAAGAAGGAGUACAUGUCAGCCUAGGAUUCUUUGAUGACAUCGUCAUUCCCCCAGAGUCCCUACAGCAGCCUGCAAAAUUCGAUGAAGCAGAGCAGGUGUGGGUGUGGGAGUAUGAGACGGACGAAGGGGCCCAUGACCUCUACAUGGACCAAGGUGAGGACAUCCGCUUCCGGGUCACAGAUGAAGUCUUCCUGGACACGACGCCCACAGGCCCUUCCGCCGCAGCAACUGACACCUCUGCAGCUCCUGGAGCAGAGGGUGGCCAAAAGAAAGAGGCCCCUUACACACUGCUAGGUACCAUUAGCGAGCCAGGCUUGGGCCUCCUGUCCUGGUGGAACAGCUAGCGAAAGGAGAGGCCAUUACAGUAGAGGAAACAGGGAGACAGAUGUCAAGUAUUCAUCCCAGCUGCUGGACAUACACCUUGUUUUUGGACUCUUCUCAGCCACUCCUCCCAGGUUGUGACUUUAACACUGGAGAAACAUGCCUCCUGUGAAGUGUCCACAAGGUGAAUAGACACAGAACUGCGGCCUCAAGUAGAGGAGCCAGGAUUCCCAUAAUAGGAAUGGCAGACCCAAGGACAAGGGACCAGUAGCAAGGAUUUCUAAUAGAGCACCCAGGCCGGGAACAUGGAGAACUGUCUCACUUGCAAAGCUGUAGAUCCACUUCCCCCUGUAUAUUGUAAAUACUACCACCAUAACUGUUAACGCACCAGCAUUUACACUCAGUGCACAUGACCGUAAGAAAGACUGACUAAAGGGCCCCAAUUGGCCUAUUUAGUGUCACCAUGUAAGUCUGUGAGUGUUCAGUUGAACAAAUAAUGGAGUGAGUGUGCCUAAAUAUACAAUUGUGUGUUGUCAUUUG